UUAAGUCAAGUUCAGGUAAUUCAAGUUAAGUGUAAUGUCUGGCUCAGGGUGAGGUGAAAGCUCUAGGGAUAAAUGCCCGUGCGCAUAGGAAAAGAUUACAUGCCUCCUAUUUCUGUAACGCAAAGCUCUUUAAAUGACUUAGCCGCUUGAAUGAGUCUGGCUGAAGAGAAAGAUGCAGCUCUAGAUCCUUGACUUUUCUGAGUAUAACCACGGUCUACGUGCUCGGAGCGGGAAUACCUGAAGAAAAACACAAAGAAAGACUGAGCAGGCUUUCAAAAUGCUGGUGACAAUGUUAACAGCCAUGUAUAUGAUGGUGAGAGUGGCUGAACAGCUGGGUGUUCGGUGGGUACGUCAGCAGGAGCCUCUUCCGUACAUGGUGUCUCAGCCGCUGCCAUGGCAGGUCCACUAUGUCUCCCACAGUCGGAAAGGAAGUCGUUCAGAGGAGUUUGAGGGCCAGAGGAGGAACAGCAUAGGAGUUUACAGAAAGAACUCUUCUUCUAGUAAUGGACACACCAAAACUUCUCCUGAUAAGGCAGCGUCUACAAUUCAGAACCAGUACAGGAAGUACCAGCAAAAGAAGCAGAAAGACCACAAAUGAAAGCUAAGCUAUUAGAUCGGAAGUGUCCGUUUCACGCUGACCAAGUCCCAAUAUUCUUCUACGUGAACCCUAUAACCCCAGCAACCGUCCACAUGCAAACCUGGCGUCCAUCAGCGUUAAAGGACAACACCUGCGAACAGCACAGUCACGUAUUCUGAUUCACGGAUAGCUGACACCUGCAUGAAAACACACGCUCACACAAAGACAAACAUCUCAGACCGUUUGCUGAUAACGGACGCCACAACUGUCAGACACAUAAACACUCAGAUCUUAAAGAUUAAUGGGGAUGAUAUGUACACGGAACGGGCAGACUGCAUACAAAAUAGAAUAGCAAAAUAUCACAGCAAUCUACUUCACACAUUUUUUUUUGUCAAUUAUAUGUUACAUACUACGUGGGUAUGUGCCUAGGUGAGGAAGUGCAAUGUGCCGAGGUAGAAAACAAUGUGAAAUACAUAUCUGUCAUUUGAAAGCCUGCAGAAAGCAAGCAGAAAGUGUAUUUUUAAUGUAUGAGUGAUUUUUUAUACACUCACUGCCAUGGCAACGUACAAUCGCAUUCAAUAAAGAGUUUAUUUAAGUCCCA